AUGACAGUGGUCAAGGAGCUCCUCCGAGCCAGAAAUCUGCUACUGGUGAUCCUAAUCCCCCUCCUGCUUCUGCCUGUCCCACUCUUAUACUCCAGUAAUGAGGCUUCAUGCGCCUAUGUGCUGAUUGUGACAGCGAUAUACUGGGUUUCAGAAGCUGUGCCCCUUGGAGCAGCGGCCCUUGUUCCUGCUUUUCUCUACCCACUGUUUGGAGUCAUGAAGUCCAGUGAGGUGGCUGCUGAAUACGUCAAGAAUACUACUUUGCUUCUCAUGGGAGUCAUUUGUGUGGCGGCCUCUGUCGAGAAGUGGAACCUGCACAAACGGAUCGCCUUGCGCAUGGUCAUGAUGGCUGGAGCAAAGCCAGGCAUGCUUCUCCUUUGCUUUAUGUGCUGUACAACUAUCUUGUCCAUGUGGCUUUCCAAUACAUCCACCACAGCCAUGGUGAUGCCCAUUGUAGAAGCAGUGCUCCAGGAGCUCGUAAAUGUUGAGGAGGACCAUGAGAUGAAUGGCACCAUGGGCAACUCUGUCCAGGCAGACCGAGAAAACACAGGUAUUGAGGAAAAGCGUGGGCAACCAUCCUUGGAGCUUAUCUUCAUCAACGAGGAUGCCACAGCUGCCGGCUUCAACUCCCUGAUGCAUUCCAAGAACAUGAAUGGCGUACACAUGAUAGCCAACACAAUAGGAACUAUCAGCUCCAAAACCAAUGGGCAGCAUCUACCUCAGGCUCAGAUCCUUGUUCUCCCGCCCAAACCUCAAAAACUGGAUCUCAGCAAUAAACGCCACUAUCAGUCCAAACAUGAUCAGAUGGUCUGCAAGUGCCUCUCCCUGAGCAUCUCCUAUGCAGCAACCAUCGGAGGACUCACCACCAUCAUCGGCACCUCCACUAAUCUCAUCUUCUUAGAGUAUUUUAACAACCAUUAUCCCAACGCUGAUGUGGUAAAUUUCGGCACCUGGUUCCUAUUCAGCUUCCCCAUUUCUCUCAUCAUGUUGGUGCUGACCUGGUUCUGGAUGCACUGGCUUUUCCUCGGUUGCAAUUUCAAAGAGACGUGUUCAUUAAGCAAGAAGAAGAAGACCAAACGGGAGGAGAUGUCAGAGAAGAGAAUCCAAGAAGAGUAUGAAAAACUGGGAAGUAUCAGCUAUCCUGAGAUGGUGACUGCAUUCUUCUUCAUCCUGAUGGCACUGCUGUGGUUCACUGGUGGUUUCUGGUACCAGGCUCCAGUGCAGCUUUACAAGAUUAUUUUCAUCUUGGUCAUUUUGACUGUUGGGACUGGCAAGAUCUCCUGGGUAGUGUAUUUCCCCCCGGGCUGCUUUUUCAGCCCACUGCUCUUUGUGCCACAGGGGGAGUGGGGUGGUGGGCUGGGCGCCAUUUUGUCCUGGGCACCAUUCCCCCCCAUGCCUCUGGGUUCCAUUCCUGAGAUCCCUCCCCAGCACAGGUUCCAAUGGAAGGCACAGCACAGAAGAAAUAUUAUUGUCCUUGUACUGAGAGGAAACAAGGUAGUCCCCUGUCCUUCAUUUUGUAAAGCAAUUCCAUAUCUUUCCCCUAGUAAAGGCUACCGAACUGAUGCUACAGUCUCAGUUUUCCUUGGCUUUCUCCUCUUCUUGAUUCCUGCAAAGAAACCUUGCUUUGGAAAAAAAAAAAAAGAUGUUACAGAUUCUACAGAUGAUAACUGGAUGGAACCAAUCAUCACCUGGAAGGACUUCCAGAAGACAAUGCCCUGGGAGAUUGUUGUGCUGGUUGGAGGAGGAUAUGCUUUAGCGGCAGGAUGCAAGACAUCUGGCCUUUCCACUUGGAUCGGACAACAGAUGUUGUCCCUGAGUAGCCUUCCUUUUUGGACUGUCACUCUGCUGGCCUGCAUCCUGGUAUCCAUAGUGACAGAGUUUGUUAGUAACCCAGCAACCAUAACCAUCUUCCUGCCUAUCUUAAGCAGCAUGUCUGAAUCCCUACAAAUCAACCCUUUAUAUACCCUGAUCCCAGUUGCCAUGUGCAUCUCUUUUGCGGUGAUGCUACCAGUAGGCAAUCCUCCAAAUGCCAUUGUUUUCAAUUAUGGGCACUGCCAAAUCAAGGACAUGGUCAAAGCUGGCUUGGGUGUCAAUCUGAUUGGUCUAGCAGUCGUUAUGGUGGCAAUAAAUACUUGGGGAAUUAGCCUUUUUCAACUGAACACGUUUCCAGACUGGGCGAUAGUCAGCAACGUCACUGGCCCAUCAUAGGCAACAGUGACAACCCUUGCACAACCACCUGCAAACUGGAGUGAUGUAUUUAAUUUAAAUUGCACAUAUAUAAAGGAAGAAACUUGAGUGUACAUAGUUCCAAUAACCAAAGCUAACCGAGUAGCAGCUCUGCCAGAGAUUCUCAUAAGGAUAUCUUCAUCAUCUAAAGACCUCAUUAAAUGUUAUUCCUAGCUCUCACAGUAUAAUGAACUUACUUUGGCUUUCCCAGUUCUCUUUCUUCAUUUCAGCAAGAAACCUACUUUUGCUCUGCAGCCAUUGUCUUUACGUAUUGCCUUUACAAAUUUCAUGCAGUUAGAGAUGGCUACCAAUCCUAUAUUUAUCAAGUGGGUCCUAAAGAAUGUGUUUAUAUGUAUUUAUACUUUUUUAAGAGUAGAAAAGUAUAUAUUGUUUAUUAGGAAGGAGGUGGGACUAUUUGAUUGUCUAGUUACUCUACGGUAUUGAAAUACUUAGGGUCCUUAUACAUGCUCCUCUAGAUUAUCAGUUUUUCUCUUCCUGGUUUCUCUUCUUGCACUAAGUUCUGCAUCUGGGAGCACAGAAAAGGUCUUUCAUUCUUUGAUUCAAUCCCUUUAUUAGCCCAGAAAGAUAUCUGCCCAGACUUAAGGGUUCCUGCCUUUUCUCUGUUGGCUCUGUUGGUUCUGGAAAGACCAGUAGACUGAAUUACUGCGUGGAUUAAAAGUAUCAUAAUAUUAAA